UUAUAUACAUAUGCAUACAUAUGUAUACUAUACUUUUGGCCGGAGCUUCAAGAUUAUAGGAGUAAUUAGAUUCGAUUAGAUGUAAAUACGUACAUAUGUGCAUAUGUAUGUAUGUAUAUAACAGUUAGAAGGAAGCAGAUUGCAGUCUGACAAUUGAAUAGGAUUGUAUUAUUAUUAGAGACAAUCGUCCCUCUGUCUCACACACACUUACCCUCGUCCAGAGAGAGAAAGAGAGAGUAAAAUAUGACUUAGUACGGACCAUGAUGCAAUUAUACUAGGUGGUCUCGAGUGAAAGGCACAUUGUAUAAUUAUCAAAUAUGCUCCGGAUACUUGAUGAGGAUUUUUCUAAAGACAUUAAAGAUUCUGGUCAUGAGGGAGUAGUUCAACAAGAGGAGCAAGAAGAUAAAGAGAGAAGAUACCAUAUUUCUCUCACGGAUAUUUGCACUGACAACCUUAAAAAUACUAGCUUUCAACAAUCUGGAUUUUUAAACAAUACAAUAUCAUUUGCUUCUCAUAUCGUAAAGUGUAGCUCUCCAAUUUCGAGCUUUGAUGAAUCAAUAUCUACUGGUCCACUCGGAACACAUUCACGAAUGCAUAUAUCCCAAGGUCAACACACAAUAAACCCGAUUUCGGAACAUAGCUUUUACAAUGUGCCUGAAUAUAUUUCGGAGCAAGAAAAGAAUAUUUUUUCAGAUUCGGAGCGGUUCUUAAGGUCAAAAAAUAAAGAUGUAUGCAGUAAUGAGAAUGACUAUGUGCAUGAUGAAUUUACCAUGCGGAAAUACUAUCACCCUCUCUUUGCACACGGAGUUUGCCGGUGGCCUGGUUGUGAAAUGGACUUAGAAGAUAUAACAUCAUUUGUAAAGCAUCUUAAUUCGGAACAUGGAUUGGAUGAUCGGUCAACUGCUCAAGCUCGUGUACAAAUGCAAGUUGUUUCUCAAUUGGAAUCUCACCUACAAAAAGAAAGAGAUCGGUUGCAAGCUAUGAUGCACCACUUGUAUCUGUCUAAGCAACUUUUAUCGCCAACAAAGGCGGAUCGAAAGGAUAUAUCCGGAAAAGAUGGAAAUUAUUGCAGAAUGACCAGUCCACUUACAAUGAAUAGUUUAGGACGCACAAUUCGACAAUCAAAUUCUCCGAGCUCCAUUAAUCUACCCAUGGUUAAUUCAACAAACUUGUGCACAAUCAAGAAAAGAAGUAUGGAUAAAACAGCGUUUUCAAUAAAUGGUGGCUUGCCAUAUAUGCUAGAGAGAGCUGGGCUUGAUGUACAACAAGAAAUACAACGAAAUAGGGAAUUCUACAAGAAUGCUGAUGUACGACCUCCUUUUACUUAUGCGUCUCUCAUAAGACAGGCCAUCAUUGAUUCUCCAGACAAACAGCUAACACUGAAUGAAAUAUAUAAUUGGUUUCAAAAUACUUUUUGUUACUUUCGUCGUAACGCAGCUACUUGGAAGAAUGCGAUACGUACCAAUCUAUCGCUUCACAAAUGUUUUGUGCGAUAUGAAGAUGACUUCGGCUCUUUUUGGAUGGUCGACGAUAAUGAGUUUGUUAAGAGGCGACACUUAUCGCGAGGACGACCCCGGAAAUAUGAGCCGUCGUCUUCGCCUAGUUCGUGCCAAUCUGGCAAUGGCUUGUCUACUGACAAAAAUCACUGCGAUAACUGCCCUCAGAGUUUGUCAAAUCAUACCGGCAGUUCCGAAACUGAUAUCAACCAAUUAAGCAGUCUACCGUUUUGUGGAAUUGAUGCUUUAAGUAAAACUUCAACACGUUUUACAAGUAUUGAUACGGUCGUAACUGAUAAUAGCCAUAUAAAUAUGGAAGAUUAUUUACCCAAAAUAUAUGAGAGUAACGCCAUUGUGGCUAAUCGAUCAAGUUAAAUAUACAUACUUAAAUGCAUUUUCAUCUCAAAACUGUAAGGUUCGGGUUCGGAAAUGAUAACUGAAUUUUUUUUGUAUACUUCCGAAUUCCGUUUAGAGAACAACUGUUUUAGAUUAUUAAAAUUAAAAGUAAAUUACGUUAACACUAAUUUAAAAUAACAAAUUAUUUCU